UAGGUUUCCCAUCCCUAAUUUCGAUUCGAAUCAGCACCCAGCCUAAAACGCAAGCACUGACUAGAAGUGUGCGAAAACCAAAUUACGUAGUUUUAUCAAAAUAGGACUGCUCACAAACAGGACAAGUUCGCUGCAAAGUCAUCAUGGACGUACUGUCGAGACCCGCCGAAGAAUUCGGCAACGAUGGCACCGUGGAAGAGCUGUGGGCCAUGAAAGCCGUCGAGCAUGCUGAGAUCUAUUUUAACCUUCUAUGCAGUGUUGAUCCCCGGCAGCUCAAACUCACGCCGUACGACAACGAAAUCUACGAGGAAUUCCGGCGCCAGUUUCCGGACAUGAACGUGGCGGUAGUUAACGAAAACGAGCUGAAAAGUGCGGAAGGCAAAACCAAGUGGCGUUUGUACACGGAGAAGUUCAACCGGCUGGAGGAUUACAGCUACGGAACGCUGCUGAGAGCGAAUGCCGGGGAGGAAUUCCAGCCUGGAAAUGCUAUACUUGUAGUGCGGAUACAAUUUUGGGCCAUUGAGAUUGCUCGGAAUCGGGAAGGAUACAAUGAUGAAAUACGAAACAGAUUUCGAGGUCGAAGUAAAAAAACAGAAUAAAAAAUAAUCAGAUUUUUUAA